AUGGGCCUGGCGUGGGGCCGCCUGGCCUCGCCGUGCCGCCGUACGGUCUUUUGGCUGCCCCGGCGCCGGGACGCGCCGCGCGUUCGUGUUCACCCGUCCGGCCUUCCCCGGCCUCUAAACCAGCGGCUUUCUCUCCGGGGCAGCCGCGGUGCCAGGAAUACCUGGGAUGUGAGAAGAAGAGUUUGUUCCUCUGUAAAUAAACGCGCCUUCCUUUCCCCCAGGCAUGAGGUGUGUGCUGAGCCUUUGCUGGUGUGCGUGGGCCUGCUGCAAGGAUUGCCUGCUGCCGCCGAGUGUCAGGCAGUUCCUUGUCAUAAAUGCCGUCUCUGGCACAUGUCCUUGCAAAAACUUGUUCUCUUCAGCCGCUCUUUUUGCACUGUUGGAAACUGUAUUUGCGCUCGUAGGAAGCUAGAUCUCUGGAAACUCGUCAUGGGAAUGUUUAGACACCUUGUGCUAUACCUUCUUGAACAGCGAGACGUGGAAAUUAAUGUCCGUGAUAAAUGGGACAGUACACCCCUGUAUUAUGCUUGCCUCUGCGGACAUGAGGAGCUUGUACGCUAUCUUCUAGCCAAUGGAGCGAAAUGUGAGGCGAACACUUUUGAUGGAGAACGUUGUCUGUAUGGAGCUUUGAGUGAUGCCAUCCGACGUCUGCUGAAGGAGUACAAACAGAUCACAGCAAAGUGCAUGCAGAGAGACUACUAUGAUGUCUUCCUACAGCGGUUGCUGGAGCAGGGUUACCAAAGCGACAUCGUUUUCAUCGUCCAUGGCAAAUCCUUCUGCGCCCACCGCUGCAUUCUCAGCGCUCGCAGCGCCUACUUUGCAGAAAUGUUUGAGACCAAGUGGAAGGGGAAGAACAUGAUAGUGUUGAAGCAUCCGCUGAUUAAUCCGGCAGCCUUUGGCUCUCUUCUGCAGUAUCUAUACACAGGUCGUCUCGAUAUCGACGUAGAAUAUGUGAAUGAUUGCAAGAGGUUAGCCAAGCAGUGUCGGCUGCAGGACCUCAUAGAUGAUUUGGAGACCAAAUGUAAAAAAGUCUAUGAAUUUGUCUCUUCCAAGCCAGGGACCUGUGUGAAAGUGCUGACGAUUGAACCCGCAGGUAACUGCCAGCUGCAGGAAGAUCUGGCUCUCCUAGCAGACUGCGCCCUGCCAGCCGAACUGCGGGUUGGUUUUGGGGAGUUACCAUUUGACAGCACUGACAACUUUAACAGUUGUCCUGAUGUGUGUUUCCGGGUGGCAGAUUACAACUUUUUGUGCCAUAAGGCAUUUUUCUGUGGUCGCAGUGAUUAUUUCAAAGCCCUUCUUGAAGACCAUUUCAGUGAGAGCGAGGAGCUGCAGACACAGCCCAGCAUCCCUGUGGUGACUCUCCACAACAUCUCAGAAGACAUCUUCAUCCGGGUCCUCUACUACAUCUACAGUGAUGAUACAGAGCUGUCCCCGGAAAACGCCUAUGAUGUGCUGUGCGUGGCAGACAUGUACCUGCUGCCUGGGCUCAAGCGCCUUUGUGGCAGGACCUUGGCUCAGAUCCUCGAUGAGGACAACGUUGUCAGCAUCUGGAGGAUUGCAAAGCUGUUCCAGCUGACCCGGCUGGAGGACCAGUGCACGGAGUACAUGGCAAAGAUCAUCGAGAAGCUGGUGGAGUUGGAGGAGUUUGUGGCUGCUGUGAAGGAGAAUGCAGAGGCUGUGGAGGAACGGCAGGAGACUGACUCCAUUCCUCUGGUUGAUGACAUCCGCUUUCACAUCACCAGCAAUGUGCAGACUUACAGCGCCAUCGAGGAAGCCAACCAGAAACUUGAAGCUCUGGAAAACCUCCUGGCCAGUAUAGGGCUUGAGUGCUGAUGUGGGCAAACCCUGCCUGUCAUAUGCAGUCUGGAUCCCCCCCGCUGGGUUGACUUGGAGUGCAAGAACAUCCGAGCCUCUGAAUGUGUGUCUUCCCCUUCUUUGUCCUCCUU